AUGCACCCUCUAACUAAAGUGAUUCAAAGACCCCAAAAAUGUCUCCAGUUUAUCGCGACUCAGCUGCGGUAUGCGCGAACCGACUCCGGUUCCGGCUCGACUCCACCACGGGCCCGGCGGCGGUCCAAGUUCUCACCGUCUGCGAUGCUGAGAAAGACCGAGGACAAGUCCGAGUGGUGGGUGGUGGACGGCGAAAUGCACGAGAUAGGGGAUAACGUGCCGCCGCGUGAACGAUUUGUGAUCCCCAGAGAAAAUCUUCCUAACAAGCGCCGUAAGCAGCUCAGGGAGCAGUUCAUGCGCCGUACUCGUCUCGUCAUCAAGGAAUCUGAGCAUGAACCUUGGUGUAAGAGAUAUAUGGAGCUAUAUAAUGAGCUUAGGGAAAACUGGGAGAGGUUGUAUUGGGAUGAGGGGUAUUCCAAGAAACUUGCUCAAGAUCAUGCAAAUUAUGAAUCUGCUGAAGAUGAUGAUAAAGAUUUCAAUCCUUACAGGUUAGAUUUUCGUUUUCUUUCUCGUAUUUGGAAUUCCGAUCAAAUUAUGGGGAGUAACAGGGGAAAUGAUACGUGGGACAGAGGUAACCAAAUACGAGACAAGUUUGAAUUUGACAGAGAGAGAAGAAUGAGAGAGAAAGCUUUUGCACCAAUGAAUGGAAGGAAUGAUUUUGAGAUGAACCGCCCAACUCCGAAGAACGAGCCCUUUGAUAUCAGCAGAUACAUUUCUGAUUCUGAUGAUGACUGA